AUGCUGUCAACCCAACAUAAUGCUUUGACAUCCAUGCUGCUGAUAUUUCAUAAUGCGCUGACAUCCAUGCUACUGAAGAAAAUAAUGGUCAAAAUCCAUGCUUACUUUGACGAUCAUAAUGCUGACAUCCAUGCUGCUGAUGUUCAUAAUGCUGACAUCCAUGCUACUGACGAACAUAAUGGUCAAAUCCAUGCUGCUGACGAUCAUAAUGCUGACAUCCAUGCUGUUGACGAUCAUAAUGCUGACAUCCAUGCUGUUGACGAUCAUAAUGCUGACAUCCAUGCUGCUGACGAUCAUAAUGCUGACAUCCAUGCUGCUGACGAUCAUAAUGCUGACAUCCAUGCUGCUGACACUCAGCCUGAUAAUCCUAAUGUUAUCAAUAUCUCCUGCGUUGCUGACUCAUGCUCCUGA